AUAAUGUCAAACGUCAAAUAAUUUCAAUCUUUUGUGUUUUGUGUUGUUUACUGAAAAACAGAAUUCUCGUCAGAAAUCGGCUUGAAUUAUCCCGAUUAUUAUGGAAGGUAUUCAGGUUAUAACCGCGGACUACGUGAAUGUCCAAAUAACCAAGUCGGACAGUGAAGAUGCACCGGUCGAGAGGAGAUUCAAAAAAGGAAUCACUGUACUUGACUUUAAGACAAAACUGGAGCUGGUUACUGGUGGGUCUGCAGCCACAAUGAAACUCAAGCUGUAUGAUAGCAAAAAUAACUAUGUUGGUGACAUCGACAAUGACAGUGCGCUGCUCGGCUCCUACCCCAUUGACGAUGGAAUGCGGAUACAUGUCAUUGAUAAGUUCAUGCUUGUCAAAGACUUCGAUUCCAGUGAUAGUACAGAGAGGUUUCGCCUGUCAGAAGAAGAGUAUGAGAAGAAGGGAGACACACUGCGCUCAUUCCUGCAACGCAACAGGCUGGGCAAGUACAAUGAGGAUGAGAUGAACAAACUGAAGGAGCAACAACAGAAAGAACUAGAAGAGGAAGCCAAAUACGCAGAGUCAGUGCUGGUGGGCGCGCGGUGCGAGGUCCGCGUGCCACAACAGCCGGUGCGACGCGCCACCGUGCGGUACAACGGCCCGCUAGAGGGCGCCAAGGGGUUGUGGAUCGGCGUACAGUACGACGAGCCGCGCGGCAAGAACGAUGGCUCGGUAAAUGGCAAGCGAUACUUCACGUGCCCACCAAAGUACGGUGGUUUUGUGAAGCCAGUGUAUGUGACAGUCGGAGACUUCCCCGAAGAGGAAUUUGACCUGGAUGACGAGAUAUGAAGACGCACGCACCUUCUAGAUGCUUUUGUAAGCAGGUCAUGGGACUGUGAGACUUAAAAAAAAUAUUUAUCAAUACCUAUUCGAAAUACUGACAAAGCUUAUAGACACAGCACUCGCCAAUAAUAAUUUCGUUAUGUAAUGACUGUUUUUGCUGUGUUGGCUUAGUUACCCCAAUAACGAUUAUGGGCGUGAGUUAGUUAAGCCUGUGUCUGCCUUUGUGUAUAAAAGUCAAGAGGAAAAAGAACUUUCAUAGUCCUAUGAAACUGCUAUGCUAAAUUUUUAUUGUAAUCAGCACAUUGAAGCUUGCGGGCAAGCUACAUUUUAUACCCUACCCUACAAAUAUAACAUGAUUAGAAUGCCAGCAGGAGAGAGAUAUAGUACUGUCAUGAGCAAUAUGUACCCACUUUAGAACCAAGUCGCAUUAACAUAGUUGAUAUUUUGUGAGACUUACAGUUCAAUUCGUCCAAAUAGUUAAUGUGAUAUGGUACUAAAGUGUAUACAUAUUAAUGCUCGUAACCGUACAUCGCCUUGCGUGAAAAAGACGAGAGUUUUGCCUCUUUCGCACUUACGGUAUACAGCUUAGUACGAAAGAGACGAGAGGUACGCUAUAAUCAUGUUACGCUAUAUAGGGUAUAAAAGACAUUAUGUUUUAAAAGCUUUACUAAUAUACUAGGUUAAGGCCCAUUUUUCUACAACAUAUCGAAACGGGUCGAAGACUGACAGAAAAAUACAAUCAUGUAGUAGAUAAAAAUGUUCAGUCAGUCAGUCAUGUUUGUAUGUGGGUGAUCUCUCAUUUAUUAUUUUGAACUUUUUACUAUGUAUGCAAUCGUGAAAUAAAUAAAAAAAUUACACAAAUAAUAUUGUAACGUGCAAUAUCUUAUUUUGUAUGUAAAAGAAUAAUCAUGUUUACAAAAUAUUCGAUAUAAUUUUCACAUUCCAAACACAGAAAUGUGGAGUUUUCUUUGAAUACUCGUAAUGCACGCGUUGUAUGUAUAACAUAAUACCUAUUAUGUAAACACAUACAUGUAUUAUGUAUUACAGUAAAUGUAUUUUUAUUAACAUCAAAA